AUGACAGAUAAGCUUGCUCAUAUGACUUUGACCACCAAUAUUGGCACAAAAGCCUACUACCGUUAUGUUGAAGUUGUAGAAACAAUUUCUAAAUCACUUGUUCAGAACGAAAACAUGCAUAAUGUAAUCACAAAGGCAAAACCGAAUCAACAAGGUAUUGAUGGAUUUUUGCCUGUAUUUGUUUCUGGUGGGAGGAAAGUGUUAUUUGUAGUUCAAAAUAAGUUUAUGAAUGAUGAUUCACAAAUAAGGACACUCGAACCCAAACAAUUAUGUGAUUAUUAUAACAAGGCACUAUUGGAUAUUGAAGGUUAUGAUAUUUACCCAGUAAUUUUUUCGAGAAAAAAAGUCUCUGAUAACACAGCCAAAAGUGUUAGAACAGGAAUAAUUCCAACUUCAAAAGAGACACCAUGUCCUAAAUUAAUUUUGGUUUCUGGAGAUUGUUUUGAUGCCUUUUUCCAUCCAUUCAUUGCCAACAUUCUCAAACUUAGGGAAAAAUCUUAUGAGGAGUAA